CGGUUCUACUCUCUUCACUUCAGCUGCAUCACUCCGCUGGCAGACGAACUCUCUGCGCACUCAGCGAGCUUCCGCAGUUGUAGUCUCUUUUUUUUUCUCUCCCCCAAAUGGAUCUGUUAGUGUCCUCGGUCUUAUUUUUCCUUCAUGCAGUCACUGUGGAUUGCAGCCCCGGACCUUCUCUGGAUGUUGUUGUCGACCGGUACGACAUACCGAGAGUGUGUCCUCGAGAAGUGUCAACAGGAGACUUUGUCCGUUAUCACUUUAAUGGAACCUUCUUUGAUGACGGGAAAAAGUUUGACUCAAGUCAUGACCGAGGAAAAGCCUUCAUCAGCCAGGUGGGUCUGGGCAGACUCAUCACAGGGAUGGACCGAGGUCUUCAGGGCAUGUGUGUCAAUGAACGUAGGCGGAUCACAAUCCCCCCACACCUGGCGUAUGGAAGCAUCGGAACAGGUGGUGUAAUCCCUCCUGAUGCCGUGUUGGUGUAUGAUGUUCUGUUGCUGGACAUGUGGAAUGAAGAGGACAAGGUCCAGAUCCGCAAGCUCAGCAAACCUGCAAGCUGCGAGCGCUCCUCUGUGGCAUCAGAUUUCGUGCGUUACCACUACAACGGCACCUUGCUGUCGGGUGAAGCCUUUGACUCCAGUUACUCGAGGAAUACGACCUACGACACCUACCUGGGACAGGGUGACCUCAUCAAAGGCAUGGACGAGGGUCUGUUAGGCAUGUGUGUCGGGGAGAGGAGGGUCAUCAUCAUCCCACCCUUUCUGGCAUAUGGAGAGAAUGGCUAUGGAACUCAGGUCCCUCCUCAGGCCACGCUGGUGUUUGAGGUGCUGAUGGUGGAUAUGUUCAACCCUAAGGAUGAUCUGAUAGUGGAGAUGAAGAAGGUGCCUAAAGGCUGCAACCGCAGGACGGUGACUGGAGAUUAUAUCCGCUACCACUACAAUGGCACCUUCCAGGACGGCACCGCCUUUGACUCGAGCUACCAGCGAAACAGCACCUAUAACACGUACAUUGGGAUGGGAUAUGUGAUCAAGGGGAUGGACAAAGCUCUGCAGGGGCUGUGUAUAGGAGAGAGGAGGAGGAUUACCAUACCGCCUCACAUGGCCUACGGGGAAGAAGGAGUUGGAGACCUCAUUCCUAGCUCUGCUGUGCUGGUCUUUGACAUCCACGUCAUUGACUUCCACAACCCCAAAGACCCUGUCAUGAUCACAGUUACCCACAAGCCUCAGGAAUGUAGCGCAACCAGUGAAGCUGACGAUUUGAUCCAGUAUCACUAUAACUGCUCCUUGAUGGAUGGCACCCUGCUGUACUCCUCGGACCCGAACUCACCCUCCACCACGACUUUGGGAGCAAAUAUGGUGAUCUCAGGUCUGGAGGAAGGUUUGAGUGGGAUGUGUGUAGGCGAGAGGAGGAGAGUGGUAGUUCCACCGCACUGGGGUCAUGGUGAAAGUGGAGCUGGAGGAGUUCCCAGGAGUGCUGUGCUUUUCUUUGAGCUGGAGCUGGUGGAGCUGCAGAAGGGGGUGCCUGAGGGCUUCAUGUUUGUGUGGCUGGGUGACGGCCCUGAUCCCCUCUUUCCUGCCAUGGACCUCAACGGUGAUAAAGAGGUCCCUCUAGAGGAGUUUUCAGCCUUCAUCAUGCUCCAAGUUCAGGAAGGCAAGGGUCGUCUUCGGCCCGGGUUCAAUAACGAUAGCAUCAUUGAGGACAUGUUCAAUAACCAGGACUCAAAUAAAGAUGGGAAGAUUGUAGAAGCGGAGCUGGGACGUCAAGAUAAGGAGCCUGAACAAGUGAGACGAGACGAGCUGUAAAGGACAAACUCACUAAGUCAGUGGAGGUGAGAACGAGGAGUGUGUGGCUGUGGUUUUACUGUGGUGUUUGAUAUAAAAAUGUGUUGUCUGUUAAAAUAAAGACUUUGAAUGGAGCUGAAUAACACUGACAGCACAAGGAAACAUGUUUGGUCAGUCAGUGUGUUGUGAACAGGAAACGGGUGUUAGAACAAAAUGUGACAGGAGGGUCAUAGUGAAAUGUGCUCUGUUGAAAAAAGCAUUUCUGACUCAAACAUGGACAUUAAACAGUAUUCAAACCAGUGCCUGGGGAAAUACAGAAAAACACUGAUUUGUUCAUUGUAUUUGGGAAUUGUACGUUUGUAAAAUAACUUAAAAUCCAAUUAUACCAACUUGAAAGAAUGUUUUGUGACAUCGAUGCAAACAUUUUGUACUCUAUGAAAGAUGUGCAGUUGUAAAUGAGCUUCAUUGACUUUUCCCGUGGUCUUAACUUAAAUGACUUUUUUUUAUUCAUUAAAACGUCGAAACAUCUGGAACUACAUUUUAUUUCAGAAAAGUUGGGACAUGUGAAGAGGUGAUGAGUCUGGAGGAUGACAAAAAGAAAUGGCAUUACAACAUGGCACAAUGCUGAGACAUGAUGGAUAACAUAAUGGGGUUGAUCCUGCUUUAGAGCGUUUUUGGGGACUUGUGUGAUGACAUGCAGAAAGAAACAACAUUUGAAGGACCAAUCCUUCUCAUAACCAACAUGCUGAGAUGACCUAAUUUAAAAUAUCAACAUAACACCGUAUGAUACUGUGACACGUCUGAGGUAGAUUUGAGUUGAUACAUGUCAUUUGAAUUCUGCAACCCUUAAAAAAGCUUUGCAUUUUUAUUUUUGUCGGUAAGUUAGUCUGUUUCUUAGUACAGUUGUCCUAUUCCAACACAAAACCUUGGUGUUAUAAAAAACAGUUUCCUUAAACAAAAAAAGAAA